AUGGAAAUUAACAUUAUAUUGUUGCUUGUGUGCCUAAUUUCUUUCAUAGGAUUCGGUCGAUCGGAUCCUGAGCCGCUCAACGAUUAUUGUGUUGCAGACACUAAAAACAGUCGUGGUUUUUUCUCAAACGGUGUGCCAUGCAUCGAUCCAGACGACACGUUGGCUUCACAUUUCGCGACAUCGGCGCUUUCAAGGCCCGGCAAAAUGAAUCAAUUCGGAUUCAACGUGACCCUCACAAACGUUAAUAACCUACCGGGGAUCAACACUUUCGGGUUGGUCAUGGCCCGAAUCGACAUUGAGGUCAACGGCCUCGUGCCACCUCACUCCCACCCGAGGGCAUCGGAGCUCGUCAUUUUGCAAGAGGGCUCCCUCUUAGUUGGUUUUGUGGAUACUACCAACCGUCUCUAUACGCAGAUUUUACGUCCGGGCGACUCUUUCGUGUUUCCAAAAGGUCUAAUUCACUUUCUGUAUAAUACCGAUUUGGUGAAACCGGCUUUUGCGGUGUCGGGACUCAAUAGUCAGAAUCCGGGGGCUCAAAUAUCGUCUCUAGCCACAUUCACAUCGAAUCCUAAUUUGCCCGACGAUGUAUUGAAGAAGGCCUUCAAGAUAACCGGUCAAGAUGUCAUGAGAAUUAGGAAGAACCUUGGUGGAUGA